AUGGAGAAGUUCGAUGAUCUUUGUAAGCAUCCAGUUGAUGGGUUCUCAGCUGGAUUGGUUGACGAGAACAAUAUCUUUGAAUGGAGUGUGACAAUCAUUGGACUUCCUGAUACUCUUUAUGAGGGGGGAUUUUUCAAUGCCAUCAUGAGUUUUCCACAUAACUAUCCAAACAGCCCUCCAACAAUGAAAUUUACUUCAGAGAUUUGGCAUCCUAAUUUUUAUCCUGAUGGGCGUGUUUGCAUCUCAAUUCUUCAUCCUUCUAGUGAUGAUCCAAAUGGCUAUGAGCUUGCAAGUGAGCUCUGGAUACCAGUCCAUACGGUUGAAAGUAUUGUUUUGAGUAUCAUAUCAAUGCUUUCGAGCCCUAACGACGAAUCUCCAGCAAUUGUUGAAGCUGCAGUAAGUGAUUGUCUCGAUUCAUAUAUUUCCUUUCCGGUGCAACUGUUUCUUUUAUUUGCUGGUGCUGAUUAGAUGUUAUGGAUGCCUUUCAACUUUCAGUAUGGCAAAUUG